GAAGGAGAGCCAAACGGCGGCGGUCCCCACGCCGAGUGCGUGAGCACGAAACCCGACAACGAGAAUGUCGCGAAUCCACGACGUCGUGUCCACGCAGUGCGCGCGCCAGUACGUCGUCGUCUCAGAAAUCUCAGCCUAGGAAAAUCGUCGUAAUAUGUAUCAACGGUUGCAGCAAUUACUGUGCCCACGAUGGAUCCCGAUGCGUAUUCUGAUCUGCGUGAUGACCUUCACCGCCUGCUGGACCAGCUACAUGUGCCGGCUGCAGAUGCCGAUCUUGGCAGUGCCGAUGAUCCGCGAACGGCCGGUCAACCAUACGAACGGUGUAUGCGUAUUCGAUGAGCCGGCCGAGUCUACGCGACAGCGACGUUCCAUCGUCCUCGACGCACUCGACCCGGCUGGCUACCUCGAGAGCUACAUCCUGGAGCGGAUCGAGCUCAAGCAAGCAGAGUCACAUUGGCGGCAACGCCGUGCCGCAGAGGUGGUGACGCGGUCACCGGACGCACCCAUCGAGCUGUUCAGCGGCCUGCCCUUCGACUGGUCCCCGGAGGUGCGAGGUCAGCUGAUCGCCGCGUACAGCUACGGCAAUGUGCCCGGCAACUUCAUCGGCGGCUACCUGGCGCUGCGCUACGGGCCGCGGAAAGCGGUGCUCUGGACAUCGCUGUUGGCUGCGGGGAUAUCGCUGCUGAGCCCGAUCUUCGCGCAGAUACACUGGGGUGCACUGUUGUCCUCGAGGAUCAUCAUCGGUGUCACCGGCGGCGUCAUCUUCCCCGCGGGCCACACCAUGGUGGCCAAGUGGGCGCCACCGAACGAGAAGUCGCGCUUCGUCUGGUCUAUGCUCGGCGGCACCUUCGGCACGAUAUUCACCUAUCCGAUGGUAGCCGCCAUCGCGGAGACCGUAAACUGGGAGUCUGCUUGGUAUAUACCGUCCUUGCUGAUGUUCGUGUGGAUCAUUGUCUGGGCGUUGAUCGCUUACGACUCGCCCAUGGAGCAUCCGGGCAUUACCCUUGAGGAGAGAGAAUACAUCUUGAGCUCGCAGGCGGGAACAGUCCGUCCUGAGAAGCCCACGUGGAAGCAGACACCGAUAAAGAAAAUAUUAACAUCAGUGCCGUUUAUUAGCCUGGUUAUAUGCCAUUUUGGGAAUCUCUUCUUGCUGUUCUUCUAUCAAAAUUCCUUGAUGUUGUACCUGACGAAAGCAUUGGGAUUCCAAUUGACGAAAGGCGGUGCGGCGGCGGGUGCACCGUGGGCAGGCAGAAUGUUAUUCGGAUUUUUCUUUAGCUGGAUAGGCGACACCGUCAAGAGGAAAAACCUCAUGCACGUCACGAUCCUGCGAAAAGUCGCGACCAUAUUCUCGCAUCUUUUACCUGGAAUCUUCCUAAUAUUAGUUGGCUACGUUGGUUGUGACAUAGUGCUCGCGAACGUCUGCUUGGUGUUGGCGUUGGGCUUCAACGGCGCCGCGAUUAUCUCCAAUUUGUCGAAUAAUCAGGAUCUGGCGCCGAACUUUGCCGGCUUUCUCUACGGUAUCAUGAACACGGUCGGUUGUAUCUCCGGGAUAAUUAUCCCGCCUAUGGUCGAGGAGAUAGCCGGGAAAUACGGGAACCCGAUCGAUAGAUGGCAGACGGUCUUUUGGAUCGGUGCAGCAGUUUGCAUCGCAUCCAUGGUCAUUUUUCUGUUUGGCGGUAGCGGCCAGAUUCAGAGCUGGAACGAGAUUCAGCCUGAGCAAUCGAACGACCAGGAACUAAAUAGGACGAAGUAGCAGAAGAAUUAAACAAUUAUAACAAGUUCACAUCCCUGGCCACGAGACAUUUAGCACAGAGACAUUUUUCAAACUUUUGACUCUCCGGAUGAAACGGAAGUAUGAAAGAAAUUACCAAAAAGAUCGUGAAAAACCUAUUUAGGACUAAACCUGAAGCAAGUUUUAUAGAAAUAAAAAGACAAAAGAAACUCAACUCGCGGUAAUUGACACGUCCUCAUCCUAAGAGUCAUGAAUUCGACGAUUCUUUACAUAUAAGCAUGCGGUCAGUGAUGAUCUCUGAGAUUAGUCCUAAAGAUCAGAAUUUCACAAGGACUUUCCAUAACACGAAAGGACAAGCGGAUACGUUCGGAGUCACCGAACGCUUUCAGUGUGACAAUCGGUGAGUAAUGAGUUAAUCGUCCGUGAGAUACGCGCUACUUUGCGAAAUCCGUCGCUGCCGUCGAAAUUGUUCUCUAGUUGCGAUAAAGGAGCAUCUUUCGCGCGCAUGGCAUCCCAACGAGGGCAGCGUACUCCUUCACCUCGCGCUCCUCUUUGCGCGUAAUUUGGUGCGCCAGUCGCGCCUUGUAAAUCUUGUACGGCAUCGCGACCUGAUUGUACAAAACUAGUACCUGCAAAAGAUAACCUCGUUUGAGCGCAAUUUUUUAUAUAAUUAACGAAGAGAAGUUUGACUUUCGAUAAUGUUGAUAUAUAUAUGUGUGUGUGUGUGUGUGUGUGUGUGUGUGUGUGUGUGUGAAAAUUAUAUCUGACACACUGAUAUGACGUAUAGACUGUCAUAAGUAAUUUCCGAUUUUUCCGCCGUCUUUUGCAUGCACUGACAAUCGUGAUGAAGUUCGUAUUAAUUACCAUUCCUGUUCUAAUAAUUUAAGCAAUUUAAUAAUAUCAGGUAAAGAUAAUUGCGAAGUAAAUAGUGCUCACAGA